AUGGGUCGUCAUUACAUGUUAUGCUUCUUCUUGUUGUGCCUAAUUAGUAGUGAUCAAGGUCUAGUUAAGGGAGUAGUAGGGCUGUCAUGUAACUGGGGGAUUCAAUCAACUCACCCACUUCAGGCUAACAUAGUGGUCAAGCUUUUGAAGGAAAAUCGUUUUAAUAAGGUGAAGCUAUUUGAGGCUGAUCCUCCAGCUCUAAAGGCACUAGGGAAGUCUGGUAUCCAAGUUAUGGUUGGGAUACCAAAUGAAUUCCUAGCACCACUUGCAAGUAGCGUCCAGGUUGCUAUCAACUGGGUCCAACAAAACGUAUCCAGCUACAUAUCCAGAUAUGGGACUGAUAUUAGGUACGUAGCUGUGGGAAAUGAACCUUUCCUCCACUCCUACAAAGACAUGUUCCUUCGUACAACAUUUCCAGCACUUCAAAAUAUUCAAGCAGCCUUGAUUAAAGCUGGAUUAGGAAGGCAAGUAAAGGUCACAGUACCAUUAAAUGCAGAUGUGUACCAAACAGACAGUGACCUACCUUCUGGUGGCAACUUUCGACCGGAUAUCCAUGACCUCAUGAUCUCUAUCAUCAAGUUUCUCAGAGACAACAACGCUCCCCUUACCAUCAAUAUUUACCCAUUCCUCAGCCUUUAUGCUGACCCCAAUUUCCCGGUCGACUUUGCCUUUUUCAAUGGCACCUCUGCCCCAGUGGUUGAUGGUUCCAUAUCUUACACCAAUGUCUUUGACGCCAACUUCGACACCCUCGUUUCAGCACUUGAAAAGAAUGGUUUCUCAUCAAUGCCUGUUAUUAUUGGUGAGGUUGGAUGGCCAACAGAUGGUGACAGCAGCGCGAAUAUAGAGUAUGCGCGUCGGUUCAAUCAAGCCCUUAUCAAUCGUAUAAAUCAAGGCCAAGGCACCCCAAAACGUAGAACUCCACCAGAUAUCUACCUAUUCUCACUCACAGACGAGGAUGCGAAGAGCGUCCAACCUGGAAAUUUCGAGAGGCACUGGGGUAUUUUCAAUUAUGAUGGGACCAUCAAGUACCAGUUGGAUAUGGGUAAUGGAAAACCUUUAGUUCCGGCAAGAGGUGUAAAAUAUUUGGCAAGGCAGUGGUGUGUGAUGUCACCUGAAGCCAGCAUUUCUGACCCUAACUUGCCUAACAGCAUUGCCUAUGCCUGCACCUAUGCAGAUUGCACAAGUCUUGGAAAUGGAUCUUCCUGUGGUACGCUAGAUGCUAGAGGCAAUGCUUCUUAUGCUUUUAACAUCUACUAUCAGACCAUGAACCAAAGGAAGGGUGCGUGCUCAUUUUCUAAUUUAUCAACCCUUACAAAACUUGAUCCAUCUCAAAAUACUUGUCGAUUUGAGAUCAUGAUCGAUCUAGGAAAGCAUGAGACACCUCCAGGACGUUCAUUUGCAGGAAGAAAAGAAAAUCUGGCAACAACAAUUGCUUUCAUAUCGGUGCUGAUAUUGAUCAUUUGUGGUGCUUGCUGA